CGGAAAAGCCCAGCAGACUUCCAACAUGACAACAGACGAAAAUAACGACGAAGAUGUGUCUCUGUUUGACGCAGAGGAGGAUUCUGGGAAAAGGAGUAAAAAAGGAGGAGUCAAACAUCCAGUGGCGCUCUUCUUCCUCCUGUUCUUCAGAGUCUCGGCCUUGUUGGUGUAUCUGUUCUGUGAGAUCUUUGGUGCCAGUUCCAUCUCAUCCAUGGUCUGCAUCAUCCUCCUGCUCUCUGCUGACUUCUGGACUGUCAAGAACAUCAGUGGGCGGCUGCUGGUCGGGCUGCGCUGGUGGAACCAGGUCGACGAUGAUGGAAAGAGCACCUGGAUCUACGAGUCCAGAAAGGGGGCAGCUAAAGCCUCUGGCUCAGAGUCGCGGCUCUUCUGGCUCAGUUUGGUGGUGGCUCCAGUUCUUUGGUCCAUCCUCUCGUUCACCAGCCUCAUCUACUUUCGGAUCAAGUGGCUUCCGGUGGUGGUGAUGGCCAUGGUUCUGAAUGGAGCCAAUCUUUACGGAUACGUCAAGUGUAAAUUUGGAAGUAAAACCAGCCUCAAGACUGUGGCAACAAACUACUUUGGGCGACAGUUCCUCAAACAGGCCUUGUCCAAAGAAGAGGAGUCAUAACUCUACGCAUUUUGGACAUUUCAAAAUUUUUCUCAAACAUUCUCAUUGUUUUGCUUGAAUCCAAAUUUAAGUUUAUUUUUUAUUUUUAACAUUUAUUUAGUUUAUGUCUGGAUUAACCCGAUUUAAACCUGGAUCACAGUUGGAUUUUGAGCGUUGUGAAGUGUAAAUAUGUACAGCUGAAUGGAUUCCUUUAUUAAAAUAUUUCUAAAAAACUU